AUUACCCAGUGCAUGACUUUGGAGACCUGAGCUUCCAGUAUCUGGAGAAGGACGAGCCCUACAUGCACGUCCCCUUCCCUCGCACUGUGGGCAGAGCUAACAAACUGCUGUCAGGGGCCGUCAGCAACGCUGUGGGAGCUGGACACACUACCAUCCUGCUGGGAGGAGACCACAGCCUGGCCAUUGGUUCAGUGGAAGGCCACGCCCGGCAGUGUCCUGACCUGUGUCUGGUCUGGGUCGACGCCCACGCUGACAUAAACACGCCCCUCACCUCGCCCUCAGGGAACCUCCACGGACAGUCGGUUGCCUUUAUGCUGAAAGAGCUGCAGAACAAGAUGCCAGAGCUGCCAGGGUUCAGCUGGGUGAAGCCCUUCCUGUCGGCUAAGGACCUGGUCUACAUUGGCCUGAGAGACGUCGAUCCUGGAGAGUACGACACCCUGAAGGACUUGGGUGUCCAGUACUUCACAAUGAGAGACAUCGACAGGCUCGGCAUCCAGAGAGUCAUGGAAGUCACUUUCGACCACCUCUUGUCAAGGAAGCAGCGGCCGAUCCAUCUGAGUUUUGACAUUGAUGCGAUGGACCCAUCUUUGGCCCCGGCCACAGGAACACCAGUAAACGGAGGUCUGACCUACAGAGAAGGAAUCUGGAUCACAGAGGAGAUCCACAACACAGGGUUGUUGUCGGUGAUGGACCUUGUUGAGGUCAACCCAGCCCUGGGGGCGAGUCGUGAGGCGGUGGCGAGCACCGCUUCCAUGGCGGUGGAUGUCAUCGCAUCAUCCCUGGGCCAGACCCGCGAGGGAGGUCCCAUCACCCAGGAGUCGCAAACACUCAAAGACGACACGGAACAGCUUCGACUCUAGAACCACAUUCUAGAACCACAUUCUAGAACUCAAAAGACUUUCAACAUAUAACCACUUGGCAUUCCUGAAUAAAAAAGACUUUACAUACAGAACAGAUGCACUGAAACUGUAGUUGAAUUGUUUCAAAGAAUUUAGUUGCAUCUUCUGUGUGUGUGUGUGUGUGUGUGUAUAUAAGAUAGAUAUAUAUAUCUCUCUGUAUGGCAACCUGUUCAACAGUCAGUCAAACAAUCAUGACUGAACUUGCAAAGCCUUGUUCAAGGAUUACAUCUCUAAUUUACUAAGAUGGCGUGUAAAGCUUUAGCCUGGGCCCAGAUCUGUGUUUUCAUGUCAACUGUUUGCCAUGACAAGACUGGCAAAAUAGUAGUACAAAUAGACUGGUAACCCAGGCUAUUAAAAGCCCACAUCUCAAAUUUAAACUGAUGUGAUCAACAGCUGGUCGCUAUGGCCUUGACAGGACAGUCUCCCGAGCUCCACUAUUUAAAUGUUGACUGUAUUCGAUGUGAUCAGUGGUGCGCCCCACAGGCGGCGACCAGUGGUGCGCCCCACAGGCGGCGACCAGUGGUGCGUCCCACAGGCGGCGACCAGUGGUGCGCCCCACAGGCGGCGACCAGUGGUGCGCCCCACAGGCGGCGACCAGUGGUGCGCCCCACAGGCGAUCACUAAAACGCAGUAUUGCUCAUGACUGGAUCCUGAGUCUCUGCAAUAUAACAGGGUUGUAACGAAAUGAAAAUACUAAUGUGACCAUAGUGUGGUUUGGAAACACAAAUACCUCAGCUCAUUAUGUGCCUCAGCUCGUUAUGUGCCGCAGCUCGUUAUGUGCCUCAGCUCGUUAUGUGCCGCAGCUCGUUAUGUGCCGCAGCUCGUUAUGUGCCGCAGCUCGUUAUGUGCCACAGCUCGUUAUGUGCCACAGCUCGUUAUGUGCCUCAGCUCGUUAUGUGCCUCAGCUCGUUAUGUGCCACAGCUCGUUAUGUGCCUCAGCUCGAGCGAGUGUCUGUGCCAGUUGAGUUGUCGUAGUGAUGCGUUUGUACUCUAGGAGCAGAUGUGGGGUUUGACGUAAUUUGUUUUCGUCGAGAAUGAUUGUGUUUUGUAGUAGUUAAUAAUGACUUAUGAAUCCAUGUCGGUGUUAUUUUAGUCCGUAUUAAAUGACCAGUUAAUUUUUAAUAAGUUAAAAUUAGUGUAUGUAAUGGCUGUAUGGUAAAUGCUGAGUGAAAUAACUAAUUUUAUUUACUAAAUAUAACAAAUGCCUUUUUUUGACGUGCCCACUGAAUGACUGUCUUUUUAAAAGUAAAUAAUUAGUCUUCCACAAUGAAA